CGAACUGCGGGGGUAGUUAAUUAGUUUUAUUACACAUCAGUUCAGCACAGACGCGUUCCAAAACGCGACAGUGAAUCAAUCAUGCGUGAAAUCGUACAUCUUCAAGCCGGGCAAUGCGGCAACCAAAUUGGAGCCAAGUUCUGGGAGGUGAUUUCCGACGAGCACGGCAUCGAUCCGACCGGCACGUACCACGGCGACUCGGAUCUGCAGCUGGAGCGGAUUAACGUCUACUACAACGAGGCGACUGGGGGCAAAUACGUGCCGAGGGCGAUCCUGGUGGACCUUGAGCCGGGGACCAUGGACGCGGUGCGCUCGGGUCCGUUCGGGCAGAUAUUCCGGCCCGACAAUUUCGUCUUCGGGCAGAGCGGCGCCGGGAACAACUGGGCGAAGGGCCACUACACGGAGGGUGCGGAGCUGGUGGACUCGGUCCUGGACGUCGUAAGGAAGGAGGCGGAGAGCUGCGACUGCUUGCAGGGCUUCCAACUGACGCACUCACUGGGCGGCGGGACGGGGGCUGGAAUGGGAACUCUACUGAUAUCGAAGAUCCGCGAGGAGUAUCCCGACCGUAUAAUGAUGACCUUCAGCGUGGUGCCCUCGCCCAAGGUCUCCGACACCGUGGUCGAGCCCUACAACUGCACCUUGUCGGUCCAUCAGCUGGUGGAGAACACCGACGAGUCGUACUGCAUCGACAACGAGGCCCUUUACGACAUCUGCUUCAGGACCCUGAAGCUGACCACCCCGACCUACGGGGACCUUAACCAUCUUGUCAGCGCCACGCUCAGCGGUGUUACGACCUGCCUCAGAUUCCCCGGACAGCUGAACGCAGACCUGAGGAAACUCGCCGUGAACAUGGUGCCCUUCCCUCGGCUCCACUUCUUCAUCCCCGGGUUCGCACCCCUCACUUCCCGCGGUUCGCAACAGUACCGAGCUCUAACGGUCCCCGAACUCACUCAGCAGAUGUUCGACGCGAAGAACAUGAUGGCGGCCUGCGACCCCCGGCACGGUAGGUACCUCACCGUGGCCGCGGUCUUCAGGGGUAGGAUGUCCAUGAAGGAGGUCGACGAGCAGAUGCUCAACAUUCAGAACAAGAACAGCAGUUACUUCGUAGAGUGGAUACCGAGUAACGUGAAAACCGCGGUCUGCGACAUCCCGCCUCGCGGUCUCAAGAUGUCCGCCACGUUCAUCGGGAACUCAACCGCGAUACAGGAGCUCUUCAAACGCGUUUCCGAACAGUUCACAGCGAUGUUCAGGCGCAAGGCGUUCCUUCAUUGGUACACCGGCGAGGGCAUGGACGAGAUGGAGUUCACCGAGGCCGAGAGCAACAUGAACGACUUGGUCUCCGAGUACCAGCAGUACCAGGACGCCACCGCCGAAGAGGACGGGGAGUUUGACGAAGAGGAGGAGGGCGAGGGCGAGGACAAGUGAUCAAGGGAUUUCCGGAUCCACACGACGACUGAACGGAUGAUCGGAAAAUUGAUAAAACUAUUAAGAAAAACUAUAUACCGGCAAACAUACCCUAGCGACCGUACCCUCACAUCUAGGUACUUGUCGCGGUUCCUUUCUCUCCACCUGAUCAACACAUUGUCUGUACUUUCUUUCCCCAUAAAUGUUUAACGGUUUUGAUCGUGACAUUGUAGUAUUAGUAAAAAUUUGAUAAGACUAAGCUGUAAGGGUCAUUGUUGCUGUUCAUAUUGUUGUCCAUGUGU